CAUUGUUGCUUUUCUGUUAGCGCCUCAUUCUAGGCCAUCAUUUGUACGAUUGGGACAGGCCUCCGUGUUCUGGAGAUGAAAGUUGUUGUGCAAACGGAGAGUUCAAGGUUGCCACUGCCUCUAGUUUCUAGAUCCUUUCCUUCACGUCCUACAAAUGAACAGUACAACAAAUUGAUGUGAGCAGUGACCUUGUGCGGAUCCUUCCUAGUGACGCGCUCAACAUCCCAUCAUAAAACUACAAGAUGGUCUUUCCAUUUCUCGAGCUCGCAGCGGAGCUGCGCAACCGCAUCUACCACUUCUUCGCCGUCCACGAGGAAAGACACGUGCGGAUUCGCAAGGCCGAUGAAGUAUCUGGAGUCUUCACUGGGCUUACGGGCGUUUCCCAACAAGUGCGAAGCGAAUACCGACCGAUACAGCGCAGCGUGACUCAAGUCACUAUAUGCUGUAACGACAUCAACGACUUUGUCAACACCUUCCUGACAACACAUCAAGACCGCGUCCAUCCUUUCAAGUCUAUCUGCAUCUCGGAGCAAAACUGGACUACAAAGUCACAGGAUCUCUUGCCUCUUGUCAAGGAAAAGGUCGCAAAUUCUGCCUUUUGGUGCAGGUUCGAAGCGGAUGUAGAUCAGCGCGAGGACGAUCCAUCGUCGCAAACUUUCGGUCGCAUCCAACAAAUUGAGUACCAGAGAGGUUGCGUCACAGCGCUGAACGAAAUGCUGAACAACGAAAACGCAGGUUGGAGAGGCAAGAUACUGAAUGACGAGAUCACUGCGCUCAGACUAUACAUCUGGGCCUUGCCUUUUCAUGGCCUCCAUGUGUCUUUCGGGUCCGGUCACAUCCCCCAGGGUAUCAUCGCGUUUCGUACAGGUGAUGAUAAGGAAAAGAUGGCGGAGUUCUUCAACCAUAUGUGGAAGUCUUGGGGGUUCACUCCUGACUUUAGGAAGUUCCUUGUGGUCAAACACUGCGAAGACGGAAUUGAUAUUGGCCAUUAUUGAGAGCGCGCUUCGGUACUCGAAGUUCUACUUCCUAUCGUGUACAUAGUGAAG